UUUAAUAGUUCAUUGCUCAUAGAUAUUAGAUACGGUUUGACGGUCUUUGAUUAUAAACUGUAGAUUGUAAAGUACUAGAGUGUAGAGUGUAGAGAUGCGUUGAGCCAAAGUUACAGCUGAAAAUUAACAAUUUUAUUUUUAUUAUUGAUCCUUAAAACAAUUAACGACGUUUGUGGUAAUUAUAAUUUACGCUUGCCAUUGUUUUGUAUUUAAAGUUCAAAUUCAUAUUUGAUUUGUAACAUGUGAACACGAACUUUCGAAUAAUAAAAUGCCGACUGUAGUGACUGUUCAGAAUUUGUACAUUUUUAACUCGUUAUUAUCAAAAACUGAGGACGAUGGAGCUAACAAAAUACUGUUUUACUAUCCAGCAAAUGAGGACGAGAACAAAAAAGUUCUCAAUGUUGGUCACAUUGAAGCUGUCAUUUGUUUUACACGGAACUUUAAUGCAAAUGAAUCAUGUGAAUCUUUGCGUACUGAAAAAACAUUAAAAGUGUUAUACAAUGCAGAGCCGGAUUUUUGGAUAGUUAUUACUGUGUCAGCAGAAUGUAAAGUUAAACAAAAGUCUUCAGAGUCUCCAGAUGAACAUGUGUAUUGCACAUAUAAUCUUCAAGAACCAAUUUAUUUGGCCAUCUUGAAACACUGGUAUCAUACGUUUCAAAUGACUGUAGGUAAUAUGACUAAGUUAAUGAAAGAUAAUGAUCCAGAUUAUCUCAGACUUAUGCUUAAUAAAUUUUAUAGCAAGUAUUUACAGAAUACUGAUGUAUCGAGUCAUACAUUUAUGGAUAUGUUUCAAGGCAUCAGUUUUCUUCCCUUAGAUAAUGUAAUUCAUUUGUAUGCGCAGAGUUUUCUAAAUACUAUUGAAAAUACAUUUCCACAAGUACAUUUUACAAUGUUACUUUAUAAUGAUUCACUUGUUUGGAGUGGUCUGAAUAAACGCCAAACUCAACUUGUAUAUUCCUAUAUUUUAAUGUGGGUCUUACCAGAAAUUACAAAAAAAGACCAUUUAGUUAAAGGAAAUUUAGUGCAACAAUGUUUACCUAAUCAAUUAGUUGGAAGGUUUAUAACAAAUAUUUGGGCAGUAAAAACAGAUAGUUGGAUUAGUGAUUUGGGUAAGGUCCCUAUUUUAUGGUUGAAUGAUGAAAAUGACAAAACAUUUAAAAGCUAUAGACUAGUUAUGUAUAAAGCACAUCACUCAAUUGUAUGUAUGUUUAUUAAAAUGGAAAAUCCACUGACAGCAGAUUUGUACAAUACCUUAGAUCAAUUUCUCGGGACAAAAUUAUAUUUGUUAUCGGAAAAGAUGAAAAAUACAGUUGAAAAGACAUUGGCUUCAAAAUUAUACACUGAAAGACCAGCUAAAUUUGUGUAUUUUAAUGCUAUGAAUUUAGCAAUUAAAAAUUCAAUUAAGUAUUCAAACGCAAUUGCUACAACUAAUAGACCAUCUGAAUUUAAUCUUAGUCCAGAUGCAUUACGAGUCUUAGUUGAUAUUAGCAGCCAACAAUCUUGUAUGCAUCCAACCUAUUCUGUUAUGAUUAAAACAUCUAAUGAUAAUUGGGUAGCUGGAAGAUUAUGUAAUUCACGGGAAAUUUACAUAGUGCUGAAUCAAAAGUUGACUAAAUUAUAUGAUGUAGAUUCUGAAAUUCAAAGUCUUUGUGCACAGGAAUUUGGAACAAUAUUUUUUUAUGAUUAAUAAGUUAUGAUUGAUAACCUUAAACUAUAAAUUAAUAUGAUUAAUUUCAA